AUGGACACUUCUGGGCACUUCCAUGACUCGGGGGUGGGGGACCUGGAUGAAGAGCCCAAGUGUCCCUGUCCAUCCUCCGGGGAUGAGCAGCAGCCGGCGGCGGCCCCCCAGCAGCCCCCGGGACCCCUGGUGCCGCCUCAGCCCGCACAGCUCCAGCCGCCGCCGCCACCGCCGCAUCCCUUGUCUCUGCUCGCCCAACUCCAGAGCCAGCCUGUCCAGCCGGGGCUGCUGCACUCCUCUCCCACGACGCUCAGGGGCCUCCCUUCGGCCAACUCCACCGCCGUCCUCCACCCUUCCUCCAGGCAGGGCAGCCAGCUCAAUCUCAAUGACCACUUGCUUGGCCACUCUCCAAGCUCCACAGCCACAAGUGGGCCUGGUGGAGGCGGCCGACACCGGCAGGCCAGCCCCCUGGUGCACCGGCGGGACAGCAACCCUUUCACGGAGAUCGCCAUGAGCUCCUGCAAGUACAGUGGUGGGGUCAUGAAGCCCCUCAGCCGGCUCAGUGCCUCCCGGAGGAACCUCAUCGAGGCCGAGCCCGAAGGCCAGCCCCUCCAGCUCUUCAGCCCCAGCAACCCCCCAGAGAUCAUCAUCUCCUCCCGGGAGGACAACCAUGCCCACCAGACCCUGCUCCACCACCCCAAUGCCACCCACAACCACCAGCACGCUGGCACCACCCCCAGCAGCACCACCUUCCCCAAAGCCAACAAGCGGAAAAACCAGAACAUUGGCUAUAAGCUGGGACACAGGAGGGCCCUGUUUGAAAAGAGGAAGCGGCUCAGUGACUAUGCUCUGAUUUUUGGGAUGUUUGGAAUUGUUGUUAUGGUGAUAGAGACCGAGCUCUCUUGGGGUUUGUACUCAAAGGAUUCCAUGUUUUCGUUGGCCCUGAAAUGCCUUAUCAGUCUGUCUACCAUCAUCCUUUUGGGUUUGAUCAUCGCCUACCACACGCGGGAGGUCCAGCUCUUCGUGAUCGACAACGGUGCGGACGACUGGCGGAUUGCCAUGACGUACGAGCGCAUCCUGCACAUCAGCCUGGAGAUGCUGGUGUGCGCCAUCCACCCCAUCCCCGGCGAGUACAAGUUCUUCUGGACUGCCCGCCUGGCCUUCUCCUACACGCCGUCGCGGGCGGAGGCCGACGUGGACAUCAUCCUGUCCAUCCCCAUGUUCCUGCGCCUGUACCUGAUCGCGCGCGUCAUGCUGCUGCACAGCAAGCUCUUCACCGACGCCUCGUCUCGCAGCAUCGGCGCGCUCAACAAGAUCAACUUCAACACCCGCUUCGUCAUGAAGACCCUCAUGACCAUCUGCCCGGGCACCGUGCUGCUGGUGUUCAGCAUCUCGCUGUGGAUCAUCGCCGCCUGGACCGUCCGUGUCUGCGAAAGCCCUCAAUCCCCAGCCCAGCCAACCGGGAGCGGGCAGCGGGCUUGGUACCAUGACCAGCAGGACGUCACCAGUAACUUCCUGGGCGCCAUGUGGCUCAUCUCUAUCACAUUCCUGUCCAUCGGUUACGGGGACAUGGUGCCCCACACAUACUGUGGGAAGGGCGUCUGUCUACUCACCGGUAUCAUGGGUGCGGGCUGCACCGCCCUCGUGGUGGCCGUGGUGGCCCGAAAGCUGGAGCUCACCAAGGCGGAGAAGCACGUCCACAACUUCAUGAUGGAUACGCAGCUCACCAAACGGAUCAAGAAUGCUGCCGCCAACGUCCUCCGGGAAACGUGGCUGAUCUACAAACACACGAAGCUGCUGAAGAAGAUCGACCACGCCAAAGUCAGGAAGCACCAGCGGAAGUUCCUCCAGGCCAUCCACCAACUGAGGAGCGUCAAGAUGGAGCAGAGGAAGCUGAGCGACCAAGCCAACACCCUGGUGGACCUGUCCAAGAUGCAGAACAUCAUGUACGACCUGAUCACAGAGCUCAACGAUCGGAGCGAAGACCUGGAGAAGCAGAUCGGCAGCCUGGAGUCCAAGCUGGAGCACCUGGCUGCAGGCUUCAGUUCCCUGCCCCUCCUCAUCGCCGACGCCCUGCACCAGCAGCAGCAGCUCCUGUCGGCCAUCGCCGAGGCCCGGGCCGGCCCCGCGGGCGCUACCCACACGCCCCCAGUCUCCGACAGCCCCCUUGGGGUCAGCUCCACCUCCUUCCCGACCCCGUACACAAGUUCAAGCAGUUGCUAG